AUGCCUCAUUACUACUAUCCUAGCAUGCCAAGUCUUGCGAAUCGUCCUAUCCCAGACUCGAAUCCAGCUGGCCAGCAUACUGUGGCUACGGGUAAUGCAAGUGGCUCCGAGGAGAAUGAACGCCCAGCACACGACAACUUUACCAUCAUGCUUAAGUGGCACUUCGUGUUGAAUUUGACCGUUGAGGGCGUCCAGUCAGUCAUCCAUGAAUGUCAUCCUGAUAUGGUCGUUGACUCGGACCCAUGGAAAGAGGUACUCCGCAAAGCAAGCCACACCAUGAGAAGCUGGAAAGUAGCCAGCCUUAAGGCUAUGAAGGCCCAUAUUGCAUCUCAAAUGCUUUCGUCCAACUCUGAAGAUCCCGAGUCCCUAGUUAACCUGACCGAUGCAAAGACUCUGAACUUCUAUCGGACAUUUAACGAAGAGGCUUUCUACACUUGUUUCAGAUGGACAUAUGAGAUCAUCGAUCUCAAGAACUCUCCGGAGGUAGGACGCAACUACCUUCGGAAUAUCUGGGCCAAUCUAGCCGCCCACAUCAAAAUUUGGACUGACCUCACCCGAGAUACUGGCGAGGGACAAUCAACGGCAGCUGAGAAAAUGGAUGAGAUUCACAAUGUCUGGUACACUUUGACAAAGCACGACCAUCUCAAAGGUGCUACGAAGGAUUUGUUCGCACCCCGCCUCCCCAAUGUUACUUCCAGGAAGCGCCGGGUCGACCACGAAGAAAGAACACGCCCUGUUGUUUACUACCAUGGAAAAUCUCAUCGCGAACAAGUUUCGGAUGCUUGA